GCCAGCGAUCGCUCGUGGAAAUGGUGUCCCACAAGGUUCUCGUAGCCGUCCUCUUGCUCAACGUGUACAUCGGCGUGCAGUCAUUCCUGUGCUUGUUCGGCGGCGUGCUGCUGUCGGUGGUGUUCGCUUUGGCCUUCCUGAACGGACCGCGAUUGCUGGACUGGGCCAGCUCCCCACCGCACCUGCAGUUCAACAAGUAUGUUCUGACGGGUUACCGGCCCGUCUCUUCGGUGCAGGAGUGCAUACGGAGUCUCUUCUACCUGCACAACGAGCUGGGAAACAUCUACACUCACGGCAUCCCUCUGGUGUGUUUCCUGGUGUUGCUGCCGCUCAACAUCCCCUGGUCCCAGAUCAGUGUGACGUGGCUGGGUGUGGUGCACUUCCUUGCCUGCCUGUCGCCGCAGCUGGGCUCGGUGCUCUACCACCUCUUCAUGAACCACGAAGGCGGCGAGCCAGUCUACCACACCCUUCUCAAACUGGACGUGUGCGGCAUUUGCAUGAUCAACACACUGGGGGCGCUGCCGAUCCUGUACAGCACCCUGCUGUGCUACCCGCUGAUUCGCACGGCGGCGCUGUCCAUCUACAUCCUGCUGUCCAGCUACGGCAUCUACUGCGCGGUGACGGCGCGCAGCAGCGUGCGGCGCCUGCGCUCCUUCGCCUGGCAGGCGCUCUUCCGCUUCUCCUUCUUCGUGCUGCGCUGGGCGGGCGUCGGCGGCGGCAGCCCCACCUCACUGCGCCACUUCCUCACCAUGGACGCGUUGGCCGUGUUGGGCGGCGUCAUCAACAUCGCCCGCAUCCCCGAGCGCUUCCGCCCGGGCCUCUUUGACUACUGGUGCAACAGCCACCAGAUCAUGCACGUGCUGGUGGUGGGCUCCAUCCUCUACUUGCACUGGGGUGUCCUGGACGACCUGCUGUGGAUCAACAGCUACAACUGUCCCUCUGACUGAGGCGGCCACCCAAAAUCCAGAAUGUUUGCCCUGUCCCCAGUGGACGGCCGAGUAUGAGGAGAUGCUGCAAAGCAGAGGUGGGGGAGCGACUCAGACUUAAGGCGCCAAUUUUAGGACUUGACACUUGUUUGGUGACAACUUAGGAAAGACUUGACGUGUCCUAGAUGUUGAACUAAAGUGAACCCCCAUUGGUCACGAUAUAGAGGCAACACAUGUAAAGCAUUUUGAUAUAGUUUUAUUUUUUCCAUGCGUGCUAAACACAAUUUUAGUCUGUUUUUGUGAUCGAGGCCAAAGAAAAAAGUAUUAAGUUGGUGGUAUCCUAGUGUCAGGGAACUAUGUUGAAAUGAGUUGAGGUGUUUCAUUUGCAGAAAAAUAGAGAUUUGGCGCCACCCUGUGGCAUUUUAGAGUCAAUGGACUAUGUUAAAGUGAAUUAAGGAGUUUCUUUUACAGGAAAUAUAUUCCUUUGUCGCCAUCUCGUGGCAUCAAGGUGUCAAGGAACUAGGUUGAAAUGAGUUGAGGAGUUUUAUUUAGAGGAAAUUAGUGCUUUGAUACCAUCCAGUGGAUUUUUUUGUGUCAAGGAACCAUGUUGAAAUCUGUUAAGGAGUUUCAUUUUGCAGAAAAAUAGGACUCCUUCGUCAUCUCAUGGCAUCUUAGUGUUAAGGAACAAUAUCAAAGUGAGUUGAGAGCUCCAUUCAGAUAAAAGUUGUUUUGCCAACACCUUUUGGCAGCUUAGUGCCAAGCAAGUAUGUUAAAGUGAGUUGAGGAGCUUCAUGUAGACAGUACUUUCCCACAGUCUUGUAGCCUCGUGACAUGACGGACCUACAGUACGAUGAAAUGGGUUUCGGCGUUUCAUUCUGGGAAAAAAAAAAUACUGCUUUGCAUCCGGCUUGUGGAAUCCGAGAAUCAAGGUUCUUCGUUCUAGUGAGUUGAGACUUUAAUUCAGAUAAAAAUCAUGCUUUGCCGCAAUCUUGUGGCAUUAAUGUUGAGGAGCAAUAUUGAAGUGAGUUUCGGAGUUUCGCCUGGACAGAAAGUGUUUUGCUGCCAUCCUCUGGCAUGUUGGUGUCAGGGAACUUUGUUGAAGUGAGUUAGGAAGUCUCAUCUCGACAAAAAUAGUCUUUUGCCACUAUCUUGUGUCUUCUUGAUUUCAAGGAUUUCAAGGAACUAUUUUGAAGUGAGGUGAGGAAUUUAUUUUAGAGGGAAAAUAGUGCUUUCCUGCCAUCCUGUGGCUUCCAGAGGCAAUUACAGUACACAACCAAGUGUAUUUAAUGUGUGAUGAAAUGCAAGCUUGUCUAACCUGACUCAUGACUUUAUUCAUCCGAGCGACGACCUGACUCAACCUGCCUCAAAUUUGGUGGAGACUCAAUUUAACUAGAUUAUUUUGAUUUUUUUUUGCCACAGUAGCUUGGAACUUGCUUAAAAGAUGAAGCAUAACACUGGAGACUUACGACUCGUAUGCACAACAGUGUGCGUGACUUCCUCCCACCUCUGCUGUAAAGUCACACGGUCGUCGAGGUCACCGAGGACGUUUUGUUUUUAUUGGAUGAGUGCGGCAGGCUGCGAGACGGCCAUGUGGCUGCUUAUGUGUCCAUAUCAGCUACAUCAUCACCAUGCCCACUUUGAUUUAAACGUUAAGAGAAACAUGUUGAUUGUAUCUAACACAGCACACGACACUUUGUUGCGUUUCGAACAGUAUAUCUCAAAAUGGGACAAAAUGCUACUUUUCUGUAGGUGGCGCCGCCACAGCGGAACCGCUGAAGUCGAAUUCGGGCUCUGGCUUUAUGAUGUGUUCGGAGGUGUUCACGACGUAAAGAUUAUCUGUUAAAACAGUAGAAAUUGAUGAUGAUUAGGGUUUUUUUUUUUUAACAUACUAGAGUAAAAAAUAAGUAACUGUUAAAACCCAAAAAACAGUCGUAACUUUGCCCCACUCUGCUUGUUUUCUUUAAUCAAUUUUACAAGUGUAAAACACUUUAAGUGUCCUACGUUUUCAAAAUGCAGCUCAGGUUGCUCCUUGAGGAAUGACUGACACCAAAAAAGUCAAAGAAAAAGGCAAAAUAACGAACGUCUGCCUGAAAAAGGUUCCGCUGUAGUGCACUUUUGUCCAGAAAAAGAUCCACAGUCCUGCUUUGAAAAAAAAAAACAAACAGAAAAACAUCAUCGACCAGCAUAAUUUUGGUUUGUUUUUGUGCUGAUCUUGCCUGUGAAGCCAGCAAGACCAGUAUGAAAACACAUCAAAACCGCAUGUAAUUUUUGGGGUGAGGGAAGAUACAAAAUGUACGCAUUUUUUUUAAUUUUUAGAAAUUUAAUUUUUUUUUUGUUUACACGCAUUCUUACACUGGAUACACUGCGUUUUUGUUUUGGGAUGUACGAAUGUACAUACUUGCAAAAAAAAAAAAAAAAGUCACCUGUUUGUAUCAUUACACUCACGUCUCACUUUGUCAAAUUAGCACGCAGACGCUAACAUGCUAACGUUUCGAUUUUUUUUUUUU